AAAGACACACGCCAGUGCAGCCGCACGUCGGCGUGAUGAAGCGGGUGUAUUAAUACGUUCGUCUGAAACCGGGUAUUUCAGUAUUUCGCUUCUACGGCUGCAGGCUUGUCCCUAAUGCCUCAGUAGACGAGCCGGCUGUCAGACGUGCUUGCAGUGCAGGCUUGCACGAGUGUGUAAGCCCCAGCCUUUCAGCGCUAAGAGGAUCUGGACAGCAGCUUGAGAGCUGCACAGUCUCCCACCCCAGCUCCUAUGCUUGCCCGGUUAGCAACCUGCACGCAGCCUGAGCCGAGGAAGUUUUUUCAGCUGUGCUUUUGCUGUGCUCCGAGUCGGUAGUCGGUGCAGGGGCUCGGGCGAAGCUGGUUUCCAUUAAGUCGAAAGUCGGUUUUGAAAUCAAACCCGAAGGAUGGACCGAGACGCACGCAAUAGGUAGUGCUGCCGACAUGACUGGGGGCCCUGCGCAUCCUGCAACAUGCCGAGGAGAAGAAGCAUUCUCACCACUGUGUUCAUUGUGCUGCCCUGGACCAUCCUGCUCACCAUCUGGCACCAGAAUCCCGCCACCCGCUACCUCACCAUCCUCCGCAAAGACACGUAUGAAAACAGCAGUACCAGAAGUCUACAACCUUUGGGCAAUGCAACUCAAGCCAAGGAGGAGAGCGCCACCUGUCCCCGCCCGCACACGCCCCACCCUCCGCGGCCGAGCACCCGCGGGCCCGUCUAUUCCAGGCCACCUCCCUGGUCCAAGCUCCUGCCCACCAUCUAUGUGAUCACUCCCACCUACACGCGGCCCGUCCAGAAGGCAGAGCUGACCCGGCUGGCCAACACCUUCCUGCACGUCCAGAACCUGCACUGGAUUGUAGUGGAGGAUUCUCCCAGGAGGACCAACCUGGUAGCCAAGGUCCUGGAGAGCAGCGGCCUGAACUUCACCCACAUCCACGUGGAGAGCCCCAAGAGUGUCAGGGUGGGCUUGGCCAGGGCUGCCACUCACACCCCCAGGGGGACCCUGCAGAGGAACCUGGGUCUGCGCUGGCUGAGGGACAGCCUGGUCCUCAGCGACUCCCUGGAAGGCGUGGUCUACUUUGCGGAUGACGAUAACACCUACAGCCUGGAGCUGUUUGAGGAGAUGAGGUACACGCGGAAGGUGUCCGUCUGGCCCGUGGCGUUUGUUGGAGGUUUGCGCUACGAGGCCCCAAAGGUCAACGCGGAGGGCAGGGUGGUUGGCUGGAAAACCGUGUUUGACCCCAGCCGUCCAUUCGCGAUCGACAUGGCGGGCUUUGCCAUCAACGUCAGGCUGGUGCUCAUGAGGCCGCAGGCCAACUUUCAGCUGAACGGAGUCAAAGGAGGGUACCAGGAAACGAGCCUGCUGAAGGACCUUGUCACCAUGGCUGAGCUGGAGCCCAGAGCUGCUAACUGUACGAAGGUCCGGAGUGUGGUGGAUGCUGAUUGGAGGAGGGAGGUGCUGGGUUCUGGGCUGUCCAGCCAGUCAGGGAAGUCCGCGGCUCUCACGUUCAGCCCAGUGGGGUGAGCCCAGGGGAUCAUGGGCCUGCCAGAGGCACAAGACUGAGCUGAGGGGAACCCACGUGCCUCCUUGGAAUCGAUAGAAGAAAAAUUAAUAUUCCGUUAUCCAACUUGAACUGAAGCCGAUGGCUCACCUCCACUAAAAUCUCAAAGGAAGGCCUAAUGCUCUCUCUUUUUGCUCUGUGUGCAACUUGUAACAGAAAUUAAAUCCAAGCUCAAGUCUCUCAUACGUUUAACAACAUUUUCCUUUGUACCUUUUUCCAGGUCUUUUGCAUCAGCUGUUCUUACCGCACACGUCCUCCUCAAGGCUGCUAACGCCUCCGAGGACAGAAGCCUGCUUGCUGUUCUCUGUUGCCUACGCAGCAGGUACACAGGUGGAAUGAUGGAGGCUGGGCCUGACACAGCGUUUCUCCUGGUGGAGCCACGCGAUUUCGAUGUCAGCUCAGUAAUUAGUGCCAAACGAUGAGGGGAUGCUAUAUUGUUUACAAAGGAGAUGUAAGCACAUUUUUAAGACCAUGGCGCAUUGAUAGAACCACAAAAUUUAAAGCUAAACAGGACGCAGCUUGGAUCAUUAGAAACACAAAAGAGCACAGAGCUUUAUAGAGCUUUCCUAUAAAUCGAGCUUCUCAUUGCAGGGGCCUCUGACCACAAACUGCUCCCGCUUUCUUGUUGGUGUGAAUCUUGGUGAGCUAAAUUAUUUCUAUAAGUUCAAACAUUCGGAUAAGCAGGAGUCUUCCAAGGGCUCUGCGCUGUCACAGCUGAGAGGAAGAUGAGCACAAAACCCCUUUGAGAUGAAAAGUAAUUCAGCUCGUCACAGUGAAGGUAACUGACACUUUGAAAGGAAGACAUUGUUUGCUCUUCUCUCUGGUGAAGCAACACCACAAAUCCAUUUCACUCUGCUCUGCCUGUUUGGAGUAUUAAAUAAAAAUGGAUCUUUUAGUGUUUAUGGUCUGGUUCUCUGUAAUGGAUCAUUUUAUCAUUUUAUACCAUGACUCGCAGAGUAUGCAGAGCUUACGGUCUGAUUAUGGCAGAAACGUCUCUCAUCUCCUUGAGAACCCACUUUUUUGAAGGUGUGAUCUUUAUGUAUACUUUCCUGAGGUGAGCCACAGUAAAACCAUGAAAAAGUAUACUAAGUAACGGCAGAAUCAAAUUAAAAAUAUAAAAAGAUCAAAUGCCUCUCUCCAGUGAGGGGAAGCAACAUGCAACAUGAAUGUAUGAAUGCAGUGUGAAUGUGCUAACCUUUUCUAAAGACAAAUUGUAACGUGUACAGUACAUCUUCUUUCUCUUCUUCUCCUUCAGAGAGGAGCUGAUGAUCUUUAUAAAAACAAUACUCUAUCACUUUGUAGAAGAAGAUCACAUUUCUAGCAGUUCUUAAUGGCCUAGUACUCGUUCAUGUCUUUUGUGUCAAAGAUUUUGUUCAUCCAGUGUUAAUAUUUUGCCACACACUCUAAGAAUGUAAAGCACUAUUGCAACUCUGUUAAUUUCCUGACUACAGUUAAAAUAUCACCUAUCUCCUAAAUACUACCCCAGUAAGGAAGCUGUAUGAAAUAUAGCUGGGAAAUAGAUCUUUUGCGUCAGAAUCUGGGAAUCUCUUCUCUCCUUUGUAACCUUUCGACAGUUUUCUUACGCUCUGUUACAAACAGCACAAGUGUCUGCACAGGUACUGGAUCACAGUGAUUAAUUGGAUUGGGUCAAUGAAGCAAUGAAUGGAAUUGUUAAAUGAACUGUUUUGGAAGCUGUAGUUUUUGUGUCCCAAGCCAGAGGUGGCACAAUGGAUCAGGAUAGCUUAGUUCAGCACGCUCACCUGUGAAAUAGAUCAUUGACACCUGGUUGUUCCGGAACAUGAAGAAUAUUUCUGAGGGGACUGCACUUUCGUUAUUUAUUUCUAAAAAGCAAGAUGUUUUAAUUACAAUAAGAAACUGUGCAACAUGACAUUUCACCAGGUACAGUGCCGAUAUAAAUAUUUAGACACCUGUUCCAAAGUAACACAUUUACUUACCUAACAGGCUGAAGACAUUUUCAAUCAGAAUUCAUUUUACCUGCAUUUACACAUUGUAACACAUGACCUCCAGCUGAAAAAGAAAUGAUCGCACAUUCUGGAAAGUAAUGAGAAAUAAAAACCUAAAAAAUGGGACUGCAAGUGCUGCUGACUGCCGAAAGAAUCUAAGUUUACAAGUGUGCACACCAGAACUAAAAUCUCUUCUGCGAUUUGUAUGAUGUGCGAAUCUGAAAUUUGAAGUUACCACUGACUGUCUUAUUUUUGCACAAUUUAUUUUACCAAAAAACAGCAGCUUGAAAACAAAUAUUGUUAAAAUAUUCCUCCAGUAGAAUACUUUUGCGUAACAAUAUGCUACAUAAAAGGAUGACUCUUAUUAGUUUAAUGCUGGUUGUACUUGUACAUUUUUAAAGUUCAGUUUAAUUGCUAAAUGAAGAGACAUGCAGCCUGAAAUUAAUCAGCCAACGUGCUCAUUGUGUCGCUGUUUGAGCCCUUUGUCACUUGUGGAAUAAAGGCUAACUUUUUAAUGCUGUGA